AUGGUGUCCGACUUCAGAAGGAAGAAGUUAGUGCAUAUGUACAAGUUCUUGGACAAGGACGGCAGCGGUUCCAUCGACAAGAAGGACUUCCAGUUAGCUGCUGAAAACGCAGUGAAACAGCGCGGAUGGAAGGAAGGCGACGCUUCGUACAAGGAAUGCUUUGAUACCAUCGACAUGGUGUGGAAUGCGUUGCAAAAGGUAGGAGAUGCUAACAAUGACGGUGAAGUGAGCGCCGAUGAAUGGGUCACGAUGUGGGACACCAUCAGCAAGAGUGAAGCGGACCGCGAGUGGCUAGGCCAAUACUGCAAGUUCGUCUUCAAAAUGCAGGAUUUCAAUAACGACGGUUUCAUCGACAGUGAUGAUUAUGUAUCCGCCGGUGCGAUAGCAGGCACGAGCAAGGAAGAAGCUGUGGCCGCAUUCGAGAAGCUGUCACAAGGCAAAUCUAAGAUCACCUUAACAGACUUCCAAAAGUUAUGGGACGAGUUUUUCUUAAGUGAAGAUCCUAAUGCACCAGGAAACUUCAUUGCUGGAAAAUCUAGUUUUGAUUAG